GUCUCUUUGAUUUUGAAAAUGCAUUUUCGAACUCACACUUAGCACAUAAAAACACACCCCAACUAAGUCUCUACCCAUAUUUUCCCAAAAUUUAGUUCUUCCGUUUGCUGUCGAUUUUGACAUAGCCCUAAAUUUUGAAAACUUGGUUUUGUAAAGUUUCUAUAUGUCUGAGUCCGUUGGCUCCAAUGCUUUCCCUGCAGAAGGGAAGAAAUCACAUUACAAGAAGCGCAACAGACAAGAGGUUGAAAGCGGAGAUCGGUCUACAACCCAACAAUCAUUUAAGAUGACUAAACAUUUGCACUUUGAAGACUCCCUACCAGUGCAGGAAACAGAAAUGUUAUACUCAGGUGAGUUCCUACCAGUGCAGGAAACAGAAAGGUUAUACUCAGGUGAGUUCCUACCGGUGCAGGAAACACAGCCACCCGAAGAGCGGUUUCAAGCCGUGGAUCCAAAAAGCAAGGAACUUCUUGACACUUACGAACCACAGAUUGUUUUGGAUCAUCCGAGUGUAUUUCAUAUUGUUGAAAUAGCUGCAAAAAAGAAGAUCUUUUACUAUCCUCCACGGGGCUAUUCAGAUGCGGAAGCUAAACUUAUAAGGAAAAAGAUACUUAAGAAGAGGAAAAUUAGUGUGACUGAUGAAGAGGUUAAGAGAGUAAUGAAAUGUCUCCAUUUCAAAUUUGAUUUGUAUUGCUGGAAUAUGCAACGUGGGUUCCAAGGUGUGAAGUUUGAUUAUGACAGUGGUACAUUUUCACAAGUAAUAAACCUUAAGGCCAAUAGUCCCGAUUUGAGAGAAGCGAUAGAAUGUUUUACGUUUGAGCACAAAUACGCGAUCUUAUAUUUUAAGAGUUUUAAAGUCAUUUUUAAAGAGACAUUUUUAAAACAUGGAAAAUCUCUGGAGAACAAGGAAAAGAAGGCGAGUAGUAAAAAGCUGAUCAACUCAAUAGGGAGGGCGAGUGGUAGUGGUGCUACAUCGGAUGACACAUUUAAAUCUGUGAAGAAACCUCCACGAAGCACGACAUCGCUCAAGGCUAUCGUGAAAGACUAUGAGGCUCAUCCUCCGGAAUUGGACGAUUUGGUGCGUAGGAUUAAUAGGUUAUUUGAUUCGAAUUACAAUGUAAUCAAAUUGACUAAUACAUUAGUAAGGGCUUUCGUUGCCUGCCCGGAUUUGGCUGAGCUAUAUCGGAAUUAUGAUGACAACAACUUUAAGACAGCAUUGAUUAACCUAGCGAGUAUAGUUGUCCUGUAGUGUGUGGGUCAGGUUGAUAGAUUUUGUGGCAGCUGCAUGUUCGGGUCUUUGUAGCUUGCCAAUAAUCCGUUUUCUUUGAGCCUGUUGUAUUAAGUCCUGGUUGUAUGCUGCUAUCAUUCUGUAGCAUCUUGUAUGCUGCUAUCAUUCAGUUAAUGUUAAUAGAAUUAUGCUGCUAUAAUAAUUUUGUUUUCUUUUUA